GCGCCUUCCUCGGCUCUUCGUCCUCACGGACCGCGACCCGCCUCGAUCCACUCGCACGCCUGAACGCGUGCAGUGAUCGUGUGUGGCUCGCACGGCUUGCCCACUGCAACCAUGGCCGCGUACCAUGCAGAGGCGCGCACCGACGCUGGCUACUACCAGCAGCAGGUGCACGCCGCCCAGCAAGCACAGCAGCAGCAGAACGUGCAGGUGCAGGCGCACGCUCAUGCGCAUGCUCAGGCGCAGGCGCACGCCCACGCGUACGCGACGCAGCAGCAUCAGCAGCCCGGCGGACCGGCUGCGGCACCGACGUCGGCGUACCCCGCGCACAUGCAGCAGGCGCAACAGCACGGCGCAAUGGCCGGGCAGCCUGGCCAGAUGGCUGACGGCGCCGGCGGCAUCGUCUUGAUCGACGCCUACGGCCAGCAGACGGGCUACUGGCCUCCACCGCAGGCGCCGCGCAUCUCGGCCGCGGCGGCUCGCGCUGCCAGCAUGAAUGCGCGGGCGUACUGGGACACCAGCCUGGCUUCGUACCACGCCGCACCCUGGGGCGCACACGAUGCCUGGGGCCGCGCGCCGUACCACUCGGCUCAGCAGCAGCAACAGCAACAGCACCAGUCGAUGCUUCACCACCAGCUCGCCAAGCUGCAAGGCCCUUACUCGAGCGCUCCUCAAGACGCAGGCUGGCAGGCGUCGCAGCAGCGCCAAGCGCACGCCGAGCAGUACCACCAGCAGGCACAGGCCAACGCGCAAGCCCAGGCGCGCCACGCUGUGAGCUCGGGCUACGCGGUCCCAGCACACCUCAGUCAGGCGUACGAUCCGGUCGCCCGACAGACGAGCCAGCCGCAGGCACACGCAGCGGUCGGACAGGCCUACCAGCCGGCCUGGGCUCCGGUGCAGAACCGGCGCUACUCGCAGCAGCCGCAGCAACAGCAGCAACAGCAGCAGCCACUGCCCAUCUCGGAGGCAUACUUCCAGCAGCAGCAGCAACACGCCGUCGUCGCCGACCCGCACCACGGCAACCCGUCCUGGCCCACAGCAGGAACGCAAGCACGGUGGAACGCGCCUGUCAUCGCUGCACCGGUCUUCGGAGAGGCGCUCCCGCCGCAGCCGCCGACGUGGGGCCUGGGCGGCGAGUACGAAGCACAGCGUCGCAAGGCCGCUGAGCUCGCUGCUGCCAACGCGGCGCCUGCACCGCCUCCAUCCGCCGAGCAGGCCGCGGCUGCUGCCGCUCCUGCCGACGGUCCGCUGCCGCCGUCGCCCAACACGCUCGACAAGUCCGGCCUGCCGCUCUCGGGCCUCGGCGCCGAGAUCAUCUGGGGCGCCUGUGCGGCGCUUCUCGAGCCCGAGCUCAUCUCGUCGCGCCGCUCGAGCGCAAGCAGCCGCCGCACGUCGAGCUCGAUCCAGAGCAGUCCCAUGGUGAUGACGCCGGUCACGUCGCCGCCUGUGCACGCUAGCAAGAACGGCGACUGGCCGGCCGCUGGGCGCCAGAUCAGCAACGACGGCGGAAGCAGUCUGCUGCACCGUCUGGCCGUCGUCGGCGCCGGCAACGGCUCCUCCGACCCGGUCGACAGCUCCGACUCCAGCAGCGCCAGCGCCAGUGAGCCCGGCACUCCUCCGUCCAUGAGCGGCUCCGAGAUCAUUCGCAGUGCUGCGCAGUCUGAGAUCAAGCUUCGCGCCGACGGCUCGAAGCUGAGGGGUCUCGGCCUUGGUGGUGUCGGUGCCACUCGCGCCGGCAGUCCCAUGGAGUCCUCUUCGCCUGAGCUCAGCUCUGGCUCGGACCGUCGCUCGACUCGCGCAGGCUCGUUCAGCUCCAAGUCGAUGGACCGCUCGCGCACGUCCGUCUCGAGCAUCCUGCGCCUGAUCUCGCCCGACUGGCGCUGGAGCAGCAACGACGACACGCUGCCGUCUCUCUCCGCGCCGGCCUCCACCGAGACCCGUCCAUCCGCCGCCACUCGUCCACGCCGGCGCUCGAGUGCGCACGGCUCGCCACACCAGCCCAGCAUGAACGGCAUCGCUGCGCCCGGCAGUGAGAUCAGCCCUGCCUUCCGCCGCUUCGCCCAUCAAGUUCUGGCUCAGACCCUCUUGAGCCCGACCGCCUUCCUCCUCGCGCUGCUGUACGCCCUGCGCGUGCCGCACCUCGCCGUCGGCGCCGACGGUGAGCUUGAUGCGGAGGCUCGCGAGAUCUUCGCCAGUCCGCCGUCGGCAGCGCCGUUCAAGAUCUUCACCCUCGGCCUCAUGAUCGCGAACAAGCACCUCGACGACCACACAUUCACCGCUUCGACAUGGCACGACGUCACUGGCAUCCCUCUGCUCGAGCUCAACCGCAUGGAGGCCUACUUCCUGGCCCGCUGCGGCUUCGAGGUGACCGUGCCUGAGCGCGUGUGGAUUGCUUUCCUCAAGCGGCUACGCUCGCGCGAGGAGAACAAGGCUGCCGCCGCCUCGGCUGCCGCACGGCGCUCAAGCGUGCGCAGCACCGCCUCGAGCACCGAGAAGCUGGCGGGCGCCGUGACGCCGGACGAGGCUUCGCGGCGCCUGCUGCUCGCCAUCGACGACGCUCUUACCGCGCUUGGCCAGUUCUCGCCAUUGCCGUCCGCCGUCACCACCGCCAGCUCUGCCCUCAGCUCUCCGUCGGCCAUGAGCUACGAGACUGUUGACGACGAGCCGCGUGACGUCGGCCGCAUGCGCCGCCCCACGUCGGCGCUGCAGUUCAGCCACCACCACUGCCGCUCUGCCCCGGCAUGCGGCAACACCUUCGCGACGCAGCCAAUGGUCGAGGACGACGUCUUCGACGAGGAGGAGUCGCCUUACCGACCACAAGGCGGCGCCUCGCACUCCUCACGGCCGAGCCUCGACGCUUCGCUGGCGCGCUCGAACUCCGACUGGAGCGCGAGCCUGGCCAACCUGGCCAGAGCACCGCACAGCUUCGACCCACUGGCGUCGGUGCGCUCCUCCAUCGACGCACCGCUCGCGCCUUCGGUGCUGCUCGCUCUGCUCAACAGAAUGUAGUCCGGCUCGCUCAACGCCGGCCGCUCGCCGCACAUAACAACACGCCACCCUCUGCGCUCGCUCCGAGACCUCUCUUCGCUCGCUGUCCACUAUUCUUCCUGCAGCACGACCUCGCCGACCCUG